AUGAGCUGGAAAUCAACUCUCCCCAGUCCGGUCCCUCUCUAUACUUGUCUUGACUCCUUCCUUUCCUCCUUACGUACCAACCUCCAGAUCUCCAAUUUUGAAGACAGCCAUGUUACAACCUUUGCUGGAGCUUUGCACCCCACUCUGGACACCUAUGACUUGCCCAAAUCGCCCUACCUAAACGACCUGGCAUUCUCGUCAGGAUUUGCAGAUGAUCUCGAGGACCCCCCAUCCCCAACCUCUACUUCUACCUCGACCAUCUCAACCCCACAAUCAGUUUUCGCCCCAGCAACAUGGACCUAUCAGGCCUCUACCAAUGACGAUCAAUCCGAGGCUCUCAAACUCAUUGCUGACAGCAUUGUGGAGCAGCGCUCCAUUGCUAUACGCGGCAUACUCCUCCACCCAGCAGUACUGGCCAUGGCUUCUCUUCUGACUCUGCUCUUACUGCGCAGUGCGUAUCACGAGCCUCAUAAGAAUGGUCCAGUUGCGGGAAUAAUAGGCACUUUUGCUGUCAUGGUAGCGUUGAUUGCUAUCCACCAUACUACCAAAGCCUACUUAACAUGGGCAUCCGCGGUCGAAGACCCAGCUUGGCUCCAGGACGGACUGUACCGGCGGAGUCAAUACAAUAAUGGAUCCGCAGGCGGAUCAAAACAGCAUAUCCAUCACGGCUCGAUACCGGCUGAAGAUGAAAUCAUAAUAGCCACACACCAGGGGAGUAUUGUUGGUGUCCUAGUUCUCCGCACCGCUCGCACAAAUGCGCUCUCGUCAGGCGCACCCAGUGCCAACGGGAUGCGUGCUUUGCGGCAUCGACACUCUAACAGCUCAUCCUCUGGUCGGCUGACAGGUGUGAUUCGCGCGUGGACCGUCCACCCGUCUCACCGUCAUCGUGGAUUCGGUUCGAGUCUACUCGAGUCGGCUGUAUCCAUCUGUCGUCUUCGGAGACUCGACGGACCAAUUUUCGCAGAUGAGCAUCUGCACAGCGCCCAUAUCCCAGGCCUGCGGUUAUUACCCUGGCCAUUCAACCGUAUCUUUGAGAGACGCGAAGAACAGGCCAAGGAGUCUUUGAAAGCAGCGAUUGAAGGGAAGGAGAGGAAGAGAUAA